AUGGCACCACUCAUCAUAUAUGGCGCAACAGGGUACUCCGGCCGAUUGGCUAGCGAAUACGCAAAAAGCCUCGAUCUCAACUUCUCAAUUGCUGGCAGGACAGAGCAUAAGCUCAAGAGCCUAGCAUCUCUACUCGACGUCUCUUAUUCGGUUUUUGAUAUCAACCAAGUUGAUUUGACCGAUUCAGUAUUGAAAGAAGCUUCCGUUCUCCUUAAUUGUGCCGGUCCUUUCGCACACACUUCCAAGCCGCUUAUCGAAGCAUGCAUCCGAAAUAAAGUGCAUUACCUAGAUAUCGCAGCAGAAUUAGACAGUUAUCAACAUGCGCAGAGGCUUGACAAAGACGCAAGAGGUGCUAAUGUUACACUUAUGCCCGGAUGUGGAGGAAGCGUCGUGAUGUUGGGCUGUCUUGCUAGUCAUGUUGUCGAGCAAAUCGAAACCCCGAUCAAGAUUGACAUUGCCAUGCGCAUCGCUGGAUCAAUUUCACGAGGAUCAGCAACAAGUGCGGCAGAAAGUAUAACAAGCCAGUGCCUUCAACUUGUUGAUGGAUCAUUGGUUGGACAAGAUAUCAGCAAUACGGCGGAAUUCGAUUUUGAUGAUGGCAAUGGAUAUGUUACAUCGUUCCCGGUUACAUUGCCCGACCUCCUCACCAUACAGAAAUCUACAAAUGUGCUUAACAUCGCAACAUAUGUGAAUAUCUCUAGUGCAAACUUUCCGACUGGAGAUCUUGCUUUGCUGCCGGAAGGUCCAACGGCCGCGGAGAGGAAGACUACACCAUAUCAUGCAGCAGUCAGUGUCACAUCUGAACACGGAGUUACCCAGAGAGCCGCUCUCCACAUAGUCAAUGGCUAUACUUUCACUUCAAUGGCAUCAGUACAAGCUGCCAAACAAGUGAUGGAUCAUCAGACUGAAUCCGGCUUUCAGACACCUGUUGAAGUAUUUGGCAAGGAUUUUGUUCUCGCUAUACCGGGUUCCAAGAUCAUAGAUCUCCAUAGUUCAACCGAAUAG